GUUCAGCACCCGUACUUUGAGAUCCCACAUACCGAAAUUCUGCUCAUUUUCUUCUUCCCAUCAUCUCCCUCGCCCUCGUCUCCCUCAGACCGUCACUUGCCGCUCUUCUCCGCAACUACAUACCUAACCACAGCUGAACCCAGCCGGUAAACCUAUCUCCCUUUCUUCGCUUGGGGAAGCAACCUCUCCCAGAUCAUUACGAUCAGUCGGUGAUUGAGAUUGGUGUGGUUCAUUUGGUUACUGACAUUUAUAAGAUCUAUCAGAGAAGAGAAGUAUCUUUAUAUUUUUAAUUUUUAAUUAAAAGAAAUGGCUGGGGGUGCUGCGGGCGGUUUCGUCAAUCGGGCCUUUGAAUCCAUGCUCAAAGAGUGUUCCAGUAAGAAGCUUGUGGCCCUCCAGACAGCUAUACAGAAGUAUCUAGACGGUACGAAAGAGAUCAAUCAGCAUGCGGGCUCCAGUGAGGGAAAUCAAUUGUCAAGUUUGGCUGUAGAACAGAGUUUACCUGAAAUUGAUGCUGGAGUUGUUAAGAAUGGAAUCGAGUCGGAUCAUACAACUACAGUUCCACAAGCGGCUGAUGAGACGGAACAAAUUAGCAAGGCAGUGGGAAAAAGAGCAACUAUUACCGCAGCCUUAGCAAAUGCUGGGAACUCUUUGGAAGGAGCUGAGACGGAGCUUGUUUUGAAUCCGAUCCGACUUGCAUUUGAAUCCAAGAAUGUGAAAGUCCAAGAGCUUGCGUUGGAUUGUCUCCAUAAACUCAUAGCAUAUGACCAUUUAGAGGGUGAUCCUGGGCUAGAUGGGGGUAAAAAUGUGCCACUGUUUACAGACAUUCUUAACAUGGUUUGCAGUUGUGUGGAGAAUUCAUCAUCUGACAGUACUAUUCUGCAAGUGUUGAAGGUGCUUCUUACUGCUGUAUCAUCCACCAAGUUCAGAGUUCAUGGAGAACCAUUGCUGGGAGUAAUCAGAGUUUGUUAUAAUAUUGCUCUUAACAGCAAGAGUCCCGUAAACCAAGCAACGUCAAAGGCGAUGUUGACCCAAAUGAUCAGCAUCAUAUUCAGGCGAAUGGAAACUGAUCUGGCAAUUCAGGUCUCUACCACAUCUAGUUCUGUCCCACAUAAAGAAGCUGCUUCAGAAAAUACUUCUAACUCAACAGUUGAAGAGGCUGUUUUAGAUGACCAAAGUGACAGAGGAAUGACUUUGGGUCUUGCACUUUCUCUGAAUCAAGUGAAAGAGAUGACUCUUGCCUCUGUGGAGGAACUUCAGAAUCUUGCUGGGGGUGCUGACAUAAAGGGCUUAGAAGCUGUUCUCGACAAGGCUGUGCAUCUUGAAGAUGGUGAAAAGAUAGUAAGAGGAAUUGAUCUUGAGAGCAUGAACAUCAAACAGCGUGAUGCUUUACUGCUUUUUCGCACCCUUUGCAAGAUGGGUAUGAAGGAGGACAGCGACGAAGUGACAUCCAAGACCCGUAUUUUGUCUCUCGAGCUUCUGCAGGGUUUGUUGGAAGGGGUCAGUCAUUCAUUCACAAAGAACUUCCAUUUUAUCGACUCGGUGAAAGCUUACCUUUCAUACGCUUUGUUGCGCGCUUCAGUUUCUCAAUCGCCGGUGAUAUUCCAGUACUCAACAGGAAUCUUCUCAGUGCUUUUAUUGCGAUUUAGGGAAAGUCUCAAAGGUGAAAUUGGCAUCUUCUUUCCCUUGAUUGUUCUACGAUCAUUGGAUAGCUCAGAAUGCUCCCUUAAUCAAAAGAUAAGCGUUCUUCGAAUGGUAGAGAAAGUGUGCAAGGACUCUCAAAUGCUUGUUGAUCUGUAUGUGAACUAUGAUUGUGAUCUUGAGGCACCUAACUUGUUUGAACGCAUGGUUACCACUUUAUCGAGAUUAGCCCAAGGGAAUCAACAUGUUGAUCCUAACUCAGUUACUGCGUCCCAGAUGGGGUCGGUUAAGGGUUCUUCUCUUCAGUGUCUGGUAAAUGUGCUAAAAUCAUUGGUUGACUGGGAGAAGACGAGGAGGGAAUUAGAGAAACCCAGUAAUGGUAAACACCCUAUCGAUGGAGAAGUUUCAUCUCGAGAAUUUGAUGAGAGUACAAUCAGGGAAGAUUUGCACAAUAACUUCGAGAAGGCGAAGGCUCAUAAGUCUACCAUGGAAGCUGUUAUAGCUGAGUUCAACCGGAAACCAGUGAAAGGUAUAGAGCAAAUGUUAUCAAAUCGGUUGGUGGAAAAUACACCUGCUUCAGUUGCUCAUUUUUUGAGGAAUACUCCGAGUCUGGACAAGGCUAUGAUUGGAGACUACUUGGGCCAACAUGAGGAGUUUCCCCUUGCUGUGAUGCAUGCUUAUGUAGAUUCCAUGAAGUUCUCUGGUAUGAAGUUUGAUUCUGCGAUCCGUGAAUUCCUUAGAGGAUUUCGGCUUCCAGGAGAAGCACAAAAGAUAGAUCGAAUCAUGGAGAAAUUUGCCGAGCGUUACUGUGCAGAUAAUCCAGGACUUUUUAAGAAUGCAGAUACCGCAUAUGUCCUUGCAUAUGCAGUUAUAAUGUUGAAUACCGAUGCACAUAAUCCAAUGGUAUGGCCUAAAAUGUCCAAGGCUGAUUUUAUACGCAUGAAUGCCACGAAUGAUGCUGAAGAGUGUGCUCCAACGGAACUUCUGGAGGAUAUCUAUGAUUCCAUCGUUAAAGAAGAGAUAAAAAUGAAAGAUGACUUGGUUACUCUUGGAAAAAGUAGUAGACAGAAGCCAGAAGCAGAAGAGAGAGGUCGCCUUGUUAACAUUCUUAAUCUGGCUCUACCGAGGAGGAAUUCAGCAAUGGACACAAAGUCUGAAAGCGAAGCUAUAAUUAAACAAACCCAGGCUAUUUUUCGCAGUCAAGGAAUGAAGAGAGGAGUCUUUCAUACUUCAUAUCAGAUUGAACUUGUACGGCCCAUGGUUGAAGCUGUAGGAUGGCCUUUGCUCGCUACUUUUUCUGUUACUAUGGAGGAAGGAGACAAUAAGCCAAGGGUUGUUCUCUGUAUGGAAGGAUUUAGAGCAGGAAUACACAUCACUCACGUUCUCGGAAUGGAUACCAUGCGCUAUGCUUUUUUAACAUCUCUAGUUAGAUUUAAUUUCCUGCACGCACCAAAGGACAUGCGUAGUAAAAAUGUGGAAGCAUUGAGGACUCUACUUGCUUUGUGUGACUCUGAGACGGAUGCCCUUCAAGACACAUGGAAUGCAGUUCUGGAGUGCAUUUCUCGACUUGAAUACAUCAUGUCAACUCCCGCUAUUACCGGAACUGUCAUGCAAGGAUCAAAUCAAAUCUCCAGGGAUGCUAUACUUCAAUCUCUGAGAGAGUUGGCCGGGAAACCAGCAGAACAAGUGUUUGUGAAUAGUAUUAAAUUGCCCAGUGAAUCGGUAGUGGAGUUUUUCACUGCUUUGUGUAAUGUGUCAGCUGAAGAACUGAAACAGUCUCCAGCUCGUGUUUUUAGCUUACAAAAGCUUGUUGAGAUCAGCUAUUACAAUAUGGCUCGUAUACGCUUGGUAUGGGCAAGAAUAUGGUGUGUCCUGGCGAAUCAUUUUAUUUCUGCUGGCAGUCAUCAUGAUGAGAAAAUUGCUAUGUAUGCUAUUGAUUCUCUGCGACAACUUGGUAUUAAGUACUUGGAGCGUGCUGAACUUGCCAAUUUCACAUUUCAAAAUGACAUCCUAAAACCAUUUGUCAUUCUUAUGCGGAGCAGUCGCAGUGAAACCGUACGGAGACUGAUUGUUGAUUGCAUUGUUCAAAUGAUAAAAUCUAAAGUUGGAAGCAUAAAGUCAGGCUGGCGAAGUGUUUUUAUGAUUUUUACAGCCGCUGCAGAUGAUGGCUUGGAACCAAUUGUGGAGAGCGCAUUUGAAAAUGUUGAACAGGUUAUCUUGGAACAUUUUGAUCAGGUCGUUGGGGACUGCUUUAUGGAUUGUGUCAAUUGUCUUAUUGGGUUUGCCAACAAUAAAAGUUCCCACCGGAUAAGCCUGAAGGCUAUUGCUCUCCUGCGCAUAUGCGAGGAUCGGCUCGCAGAGGGCCUUGUACCAGGUGGUGCUUUGAAGCCUAUUGACAUCAAUGUGGAUACAACUUAUGAUGUGACUGAGCAUUAUUGGUUCCCAAUGCUGGCUGGUUUAUCUGACCUGACCUCUGAUCCAAGACCAGAGGUCAGAAAUUGUGCACUGGAGGUCUUGUUCGACUUGUUGAAUGAAAGAGGUAGCAAGUUCUCAUCAUCCUUUUGGCAGAGCAUUUUCCAGCGUGUUCUGUUUCCCAUUUUUGAUCACGUGAGGCAUGCUGGAAAAGAGAGAUUAAUCUCUUCUGGAGAUGAUUGGCUUCGUGAAACUAGCAUUCAUUCGCUCCAGCUGUUGUGUAACCUUUUCAACACUUUUUACAAGGAAGUGUGUUUCAUGCUGCCUCCACUUUUAAGUUUGCUGUUAGAUUGCGCUAAAAAAACAGACCAGACAGUGGCUUCAAUAUCUUUGGGUGCGUUGGUGCAUCUCAUAGAAGUUGGAGGACACCAAUUCAAUGACAGGGACUGGGACACCUUGUUGAAAGGCAUAAGGGAUGCUUCGUACACAACACAACCGGUCGAGCUGCUCAAUGCUUUGGGUUUUGAAAACUCUAAGAACCAUAGUGUGUCAAGCAGAGAUUUUGAGAUCAGUACAAGUGAUGUGCCUUCCCUGAAAUCUGAUGAAAAUGAGGCAAUAGGUCAUCAUCAGCGUAUGGUCAAUGAUGUUGGCGACACCUAUGCUUUGGCAUCCCCAGACAUUGGUACGGAUGGCAUUAUAAAAAAUCCUAUCACACCCAUUUUACUGGAUCACAAUCAAGAAACGGUGCAGGCAAUAGAUUUGGAUGGUUCUGAAGGUUUACCUUCACCUUCUGGAAGAUAUCAGAAACGAUCUGAAGCUGGAGGCCUUCAGCGGAAUCAAACGAUUGGUCAAAGAAUCAUGGGUAACAUGAUGGACAACCUCUUUGUCAGAAGUUUUACAUCUAAAUCAAAGGCCCGGCCGACAGAUGUUUCUGUACCAUCUUCUCCGGCCAAGUUUGCUGAUGCUGCGGAGCCUGGUUUUAAGGAUGAGGAGAGCCUGCCACUGACAACAAUCAGGAGUAAAUGUAUCACUCAAUUGCUACUUCUAGGUGCUAUUGAUAGUAUCCAGAAGAAAUACUGGAACAAGUUAAAGGCAUCACAUAAGAUCACCAUAAUGGACAUUUUGUUCUCUGUGUUAGAGUUUGCCGCGUCCUAUAAUUCGUAUACAAACCUCAGAUUACGGAUGCACCACAUACCUGCUGAAAGGCCACCAUUGAAUCUUCUUCGUCAGGAAUUAGCUGGAACUUGCAUUUAUAUGGAGAUCUUACAGAAGACAACUUCAGAAAUUGAUUCCAAAAUAGGGGAACAGCUUGAUACCAAUGUCGGCCAGGAUGCAGGUGUAAGUUCAGUGGAAAAUGGUUCAAGCCUCAAUGGUGAAUCUGUUAUGGGGGAGAAACUUGAAACAAUAGCGGAAGAGAAGCUAGUGUCCUUUUGUGGACAGGUUCUCAAGGAGGCGUCUGAUUUUCAGUCAAGUAUGGGGGAGACUACUAAUAUGAAUAUUCAUCAAGUUCUAGAAUUACGCUCUCCCGUCAUUGUCAAGGUACUUAAAGGCAUGUGCUUUAUGAACAGCCAGUUAUUCCGAAAACACCUGAGACAGUUCUAUCCCUCCAUUACCAAACUUGUAUGCUGUGACCAGAUGGAUGUCCGUGGGGCUCUUGGUGAUCUUUUCAGCAUGCAAUUGAGUGCCCUGUUGCCGCAGAAGAUUUAUGUUGGACCUUGAUCAAGCUUUGCUGAUGGAAAGGGUGCCAACAUUGCUUUAGAAGGCUGACGUUGCUUCUUUCCUCCAUAUUGCUUUUUUCCUCUUAACAUUGAUUUAUGUGUUCUUGUAUAAUUCCUUGUUUUUUUGUAGAAAAUCGUGUAUACCUUGUUGAAACCAAAUUUUGAAGGGGCAAGAAAGUCGUGGCUUUGACUUCCUAAUAAUGUGUCGUGCACUCCCCACUCAAAUUGCUGGUUCAAACAAUCACAAAACCAAUGAUUUUUCUGUGAUGUGGGAGAGCUAUGCAUGCAGAACAUUAUAUUCAGAUUCGGAGAAAUUACAACCUCCCAAUUGUAGAUGUACAAAACCAUUUCAAAUAUACCAAAUUUACCACUUACUGUAAGUGCUAAGAAAA